GGGAGCCUUCCCCCCGCAUGCUAGUCCUAACCAGGCUCGGGAACAGCAGCCCAUACUUGGUGCUUCGUCGGCUCGUGGUGUCACUGUAACGCGCCGGUUUACGUUACGCACGUCUCUCCUUUUUUUUUUUUCCUUCCGGCUCGUCCUCGUUCCCGCUGUCUCCAUCUGUCACACAUACAUAUACACACAUACAUACACACACACACACACAACAUACGCACAUUCUUUCUCUCUUCAUCUCACUUUCAAACUCCUUAACCGUCGUCGCAAAUUGGCAAGUCCCCGUUCCCCGCGACAGUGAUUAUGCCUAUCGGUGUCCUCGUUCAUCCGCGACCUCGAACUUGCACCGAGGACCGUUGUUUCAAUCGCGGGGACGCGUAGCUAGACCACGGGGGACCGUAUACGCUCUCCUUCCUCACCGGAUCGGCACACGUGACGUAACGGCGAUAACGGGGGCACCGCCGGGAUUCAGUCAAUUGGUACCGCGCGCGUAUCGUCGUCGGUGAACGAUGAUAUUUAACUGCGGGACACGUGCCGCACAGUGACAGCCGGUGCGGAGGAAAAGGAUCGGAAGCAAGAGAGGAGACCGCCAAGACCGCAGACGGAACCAGAGGUCGGAGGAUGGUGGUGGUGGUUAUAGUGGUUUGAAAAUCGGCGAAACGACACCGGGGGAGGGGCGACGCACGUGAGAGCGACUUUCUCUCUCUCUCUCUCUCUCUUCCUCUCUCUGACCCCACAAGGUGAAUAGACACAACGAUGGUAGAUACACAACAUUUCUGUCUGCGAUGGAACAAUUACCAGAGCAGCAUAACCUCGGCGUUUGAAAAUCUUCGGGACGAUGAGGACUUUGUGGACGUGACGCUGGCCUGCGACGGCAAAAGCCUGAAAGCCCAUCGCGUCGUUCUCUCCGCCUGUAGCCCGUAUUUUAGAGAAUUGCUCAAGAGCACACCGUGCAAGCACCCAGUGAUAGUGCUCCAGGAUGUAGCAUUCAGCGACUUACAUGCCUUAGUGGAGUUUAUUUAUCACGGCGAGGUGAACGUGCAUCAGCGUUCUCUCAGUAGUUUUCUAAAGACCGCGGAGGUCCUCAGGGUAUCGGGCCUCACGCAACAGGCCGACCAAACCGACAGAGACGAGCUGUCGCAUGUCCGCGCACUGGCAGCCGGCGGCAAUCACCUGCCGUUCCACGACAAGACGGAGGAGAUCGUCUUCCCUCGUGGCGGCUCGCCGCCCACACCCGUGACCCCGACGCCGACCACGGUGCAACAGUUACUGCGCCGUGCCCAGAUACGCCGUAACGCACCCGAGAGACGCACCCCGGAUCCGCACGAUGAGACGGCCAAGAGACCGCGGGUACCAUCGCCGCCGCUCAACAACAACGACGCCACGCCCACGGACUUUUCGAUGGUCAAGAGCAAUCACCUGUCGACCAAGGUGGAGGGCAACGGGGUGCACGACGAGAACAGCCUGGUCGAGGACAAUAUAAAGUGCGAGCCGUUGGAGCUCACCGGCGGCAACGGGGGCGCCAACGCCGGCAACAACGAGGAUUCGUCCGAUUCCGGGGCCGCGGCCUCGGAUCGACCGCCCGCGUCAGCGAGCAGCAACGAGCACGAGCCGGAACCGGAACACACGUCCGGGGCGCAGAACUUUUUGCCGGAGAGCAAGCUCUUCACGUCGACCCCCGGCAGCUUCAACUUUAGCAUGGCGGCGCUCACCACCGAUCACACACCAUUGUCAGUGAAAUUUCCAGGAUUGAGCCAUGGCUUGCAAACACCGGAUCUGGCGGGUACUUCGCAAGGUACGGGCAACGGGAUGCAUCCGGCACCGACGACGCCUCCCACUGUCAUGUACCGAAUGCCGCCACCCACGCCGGGUGGCAUAAACGAGCCUCAGGAAUGCCCGUACUGCCGUCGUACGUUUUCAUGCUACUACUCCCUCAAACGUCACUUCCAGGACAAACACGAGCAAUCGGACACGCUCUACGUCUGCGAGUUCUGCAACCGUACGUAUCGUACCAAGAACUCAUUGACGACGCACAAGAGUCUGCAGCACCGCGGCACCAACGGCGUGCUCAAGCGGCUCCUCAAGGCCUCGGCGAUCAAGAAUGUUCUCGGUAGCAUGCAUCAUCAGAUGCAGAUGCAGCAGCAACCGCAAUGAAAACGCCGGAAAAGUCAAAGCCUCCCCGUGCCGCAUCGUCUGCCUAAUCGUCGCCGACGUCGUCGUCGUCAUCAUCGUCAUCAUCGUCAUCGUCAUCGUCAUCAUCGCGCUGCUAUCGUCGUCGUUUCGCAAUUUGUUUUGCUCAACAGCAAUUUGUCAGCGCGCAUAAGAACCAAGAUAAAAUUAUCGAAAACGCGGAAAUGCUACCUUGCAUUCAGAGACGCUUGAGUCCAGCCCAAAGCGCCUAGAUUGAAUAAUGGUUGAUCGAAUUCUCUUCUCUUAUCUAAAUUAUCGAUCUGCGAUGUAGAAGAGAAUAGGAUUGUUAACCAGACUUAAUUUAUCUUAAGAAUUUAACAAUUUACAUCCUUUGCUGUUCAUUCGCGAAAAUUGGUUAACGAAAAGUUGAAUCGUAGAUCAAAUCUAAUUUCUCUAUCUACAUUACUGAUUCGUAAUCGAGAUAAAGGCAGUUAAUUAAUCACAGUUAAUUAAUUAUUGAAGCGAGUCAAUAAUAACUCGAAUUAACAAAAUCUUCUUUCUCCAUCGGUUAUAUUUAGGUCCGUAACUUAAAAAGAUAGCAAAUCGCUAAAUAUAAAUUGAAUUAACGGAUUGGUUAAUUUAUUAAUUUGCAGUGAAAUCCUAAUAAUCUUAUUGCAUUUGCAGAACAUGUAAUGCAUAUCGUGAUCAAUUAUCGUGAGAUGUUAAAUGGAAAACGGAUGAGAAAGAACAAAGAGGGGAAAGCAAAAAAAAUUCCAAAGUUGAAGUUUGAGUCGCGGACGAAUCAGUCUGAUUCGAAUUUUGGUAUAUUUUUCUUAGUUUUCUAUCGUCCAUCGAGACAUAUACACAACACGGUUCUGCUAGUUUAGAUUUGUCGAUUAGCGUUGUAAUUUUUCUUCGUCAAGACUGCAAUGAAUCCAAAGAAGGACAAUUUGACUGAGAAAUUUGUAAUUCGACUGAAACGAAGGAACGAGACGAGGCUUGAACGUUAAAGUUAGUGCGCGAAAUAAAAGAAAAAGAACACAUUCCAUUAUCAGCGAUUGUAUCGCUGCACGCUUGUGAUUCGAGUUGACUAAAAUAUCGACUCUCCGGUAAGAAUUUUGCGCGGGAAAUUUACGCAUUUUCGAGCACGUUAUCCCGCCGCGUGUUUUUAAUUAGCGUUGUCCAAAAGUGCACAUCGCAAAAACAAAAAAAAAAAAAACGUGUAGAAAGAUUAAGGAAGCCUAUUUAGGAUAGGAUGUUUGUGAAGAGGGAACAGUCUUCCGGGAAUCGUUUCCGUGAUUGAAUUCACGUUACGAAUGGAAUUUUUUUUUUUAUAUCGGGACACGCCUAAAACGAUUUUCACGUAGACAACGCGCUUAAAUCGCUUAAUGCGUCGAUAAUGAAUAUCAAUGUGUUUUCGUGAUCUGCCUCGUGCGUGUUGCAAGUUCAAAAAGUAUACAUUACGCGUUCGCGAAGGCGGGAUAAUAAAUCGCGGAAGAGAUCGUCCUUUUUGUCGAGCGUGAAACGGACAAUUUUAACGCGUCGAAUCUGGAACGCGUUUAAACGCGUUCGUGAUUAAUUGGCGGACAAAUGCAAGCCGGGAGGAGACAAUCGAUCAUAAACGAGACCGCGAAAAGAGAGAGAAUAAAAAGCGGAUCCGACCUUGGGCCUAAAGGCGAAACGACGGACGAAGCGAGGAUGCACCGAUGCGUCCGAACGCGCCAAAGUUACGCUGAUCGAUGAAAAGCGAUCGCGACACAAUGACGGUAAUCGAGGUCGUGACACGUUGCGAUCGAUCGACGGUUAACAAAGGAAGGGAGGACGAUAACGGUUUUACGAAACGAGAGACAAGAGAAAGGUAAAGAAGCGUGUACAGACGCGGAGGUGUGGUAGAGCUAUAUCAUGGGUUCUUAACUUGUAUAUGUAGGUUUGUCGUAUGCGCUAAAUACAAACUAUAUUUUUAACUCUUUAAAAGUAAUAUUUUGAAUUGUAAAUAUAUUAUAUUCAUACGCGAUACAUCGAUAACGAUGAUAUUCUCCUGUUCAAAUUUUAUAAAAAUCGGCAUAGCCCUACCAUAUAGGUAUCUCGUGGACGAGCGGAGCAGUGGUGCGGAGCAGUGGUGCGGAGCUUACGGUUCAUUUUCCAAUCAUCUUUUGCCAUUUUUAGAGAACAUUCUUAAACCUGUUUCUCUCAACGUGCACGUUUUUAUGAUCGUUGAUCGAGCCAAGAAAAAUUAUUUUCCAUUCCGCGUCUAUUUGUCAUUACGAAAGAGGUGCGUUUCGCAAAUCGAACUUUAAACGAUUGGCAUAGCCUCAGUCAGUGCGCGAACCAUUAUAUAGAACACUGCUCUGCUCUUCAAAUUUUUAAUAUAUCCAUAUUAACAAAUGUACAAGCAAGAAGAAACCCUAAAAGUUGUUCAUCGUAACAUAUUCAGGUUUAAAACUCAGCGUAGAGAACGAGAAAAAAAAAUGUUGAUGUUUUAUCUGUAAGGCUAAAAAGGAAAUGCCAUAAUAAUUAACGAGCAAGUACAAAUUAUCGUGGAAAAUAUAAAUUAUGUCUACGUCUAAUUCUUAGGAUGCGUAGUAUCGGAAAGGGAAAUAUUUAACGGAGGGAAGCGCGGGGGAUAAAAGGAAAAAGAGAAACGUACGGGAAAGGACACCAGCUUGCCUCGAAUUUCAUUCGCGGCCGGGUAGAAAGAUUAAAAGAGAGAAAGAAAAAAGAGAGAUGCGCGAGGAGAAGGAAGAAGGGUAAGCAUGAUUUUCCAAACAUAUCUUCAAAGUGUGAAGUAUACUGUGAAAAAAAAUAUACGAUUUUAGAUAUUUAGCUCUAUCUCUAUAUCGAGAGAUUUUAUAAUAAUUAUUACGUAUACAUUCUUAAAUCGGUAGACCGAUUCUCGAUGACGUUUGGUCAGGGCAUAAUGUGGAGAGCACGAUAUGGAUUGAUGAAGUGCGGCCGCGAGAUAUUUUGCGUUUUUGUCUUUCUUAUUAUAUUACUUUUUUUUUGUUGUUUAAAAAGUCACUUUCGAGUUACUAAGAAAUGCGCGAUUGGUUGGUGAAGGAAAAAAAUUUAUCCUAGUCAUUCCGGAAAUUUUUGUGAUUCUGUGAUAUCGAGGAUCGUGGCAUUAAACGAUUCGAUGUGAAAAAAAGUCGAAAAAAGAGAGAGAUAGACCAAAAAAAGUAUAUGUCUGUUCCACAUUAUGAUCGCCGGGCGUAUUCUUUAAAAAAAACUCUUUUAGCGACGAAAAAAAGAAAGAAAAUUAAUUAUUGAUUAUUAUUAAAUAUAAAAUGUCGGGAAAUUUCUGUGAUGUUCUUCGGUUGGUAUACUAGCGCGACUGCUAAAGCUAUGUGAACGGAAAAAAAAAGUAUACGGAAUUUUAUGUCGAUGUUCGGUGUUGUAUGAUAUAUUGUAAGAGGCGAGACUGUGUGUCGGGAAAAAAAUUUCAUCAUACUACUUCGAAAUUCUCGAGAUGGGGUGGGGGUAGGGAUGGGAUGGUGGGCAAUCGCUGAUCGAUCUGUCGGUUUAAAAAAGAAAUGUGUAAUUUGUUUCAGAGCAAAAAAUAAUUUUUUAAAAAAAUCUUGCCACGGUGUUUCCAUAAUUAAUAGAAAAAAUAUAGAGAAUGAUUAUAAAGUUCGAUAGUUCAAACUAUUCCUAUUCCACGGUACGUUAAAAAUUUCAGAGACAUAUACACGCGAAUAGAGAAAUAUAUAUUUUUCUCUCUCCGUUAAUACGCGCACGAUAAAUGCAUCCAGAACGAUCAACCGUUGCCAUUCAUCGCUGAUAGACCAUCUAGUGUAAACGUCUAGUAAAGUCCGCACACGCGUGUUGUGGGUGGAUAGGUAUGCGCGCACGAGUGCGUACGAGGGCGUGUUCGCGUGCUUACUUGCAUUACACACGUCCCCGCAUGCACACGCAAGCACGUAACUAUUGCAGGGUAAUGACCCAUCGCAUGCCGAAGCGGAAAAAACCGCGUGAAAAAAAAAAAAAAAAAAAAAA